UGGGAAUGAGAAUGAGUAAAAAAAGAGGAUAACUUGUUGGGCCAUCUGACAAAGUGGUGGAAGUGAGAUAGAUGUUGCAGGUGGGAUUGCGGGGGUAGAUGUGGAUGGAACUGGUUUAGCUGUAGUCCAGGCAACGAUAGCCAACCGAAGCGGAUAUGUCACUCAGUCAUCCACGAGAAUACAGUCAGGGAACAAGUGCUUUGAAAAUGGCGUCGUGUGAGUUUAUUAUCGUGUCAGACUAGGAGUACAUCAAAUGGAAAUAAUUCACAGCGUGUGCCAUCAGCGGACACUAUUUACUACCAAAGUGGACGACUCAAUAGUUUAAGAAUUUUUUUUUUUUUAUAUUUUCAUCAUCACAAUUGUCCCAAUGACAUGGGAUUUUGCAGCAGAAGGCACUUUCUACUGACAAUAUGUACACUGCAACUUCUUACAACCGUCGAGCGCCAGGUGUUCGAUUUCCUGGGGUUUAUGUGGGCCCCGAUACUGGUCAAUUUCUUCAAUAUUAUUUUUGUUAUCCUCGGCUUCUUCGGAACAUUUCAGUAUAGACCUAAAUAUUUAAUAACGUAUUGUAUAUGGGACACCCUGUGGCUUGGAUGGAACAUAUUUUGUAUAUGUUUUUACCUAGAUGUUGGUAUAUUAGACAAGAAGAGUGAUAUUCUGAAUGUUGGAACGGGGAGUUUUUCGUGGUGGCUGGUUAAUGGACCAGGCUGCAAAGCAGACUACAACUAUACAGAGCCCGAGUUAUUUCGGCCAGUGCGACCGACUAAUGUUACAGGCUGCGUAUUAAGUUACGAAGUUAUUGAAGUCUUACAUGCAUCAACACAAUGUCUCCUAGCGUGCAUGGCGAUCAUCGGGGGAAUUUGCCUGAGUCGUGCCUAUCUCGAGGAGGAUGACAGCUUUGACUUUGUUGGAGGGGGUGACUUCGGUCUUGCUGGCCAUACACCGUUGCAUCCAAUGUACGUUAGCUACUCGGCCCUACCACCAGCCUCAUUACCACAAUCUAAUCAAAACUACCAAAGCUAUACGCGUGGCACAACCGGCUCAAACAAUUCCUCACUGUACUAUCGUGACGGUACAUUAUCCAAAAAUGAAGACAAAUCCCCCUUCAAUCAUCAUCAACAACGCGUUAAAUCACUGAUGGCAUCUCACGAUACAACUAGAAGUAACAAGAGCAGUGCAUCAACACGAAUUAUCGAGAAUAUCGAUUACUAUAACGACUAUUCAAAUCCGGUUGAUCAUUUGCACAGACCAGUAUCACCACCUGGUGAUUAUGACUCGUUGAACAGCUCCAUCAAGUCAAAAUUUGAGAAAAAUCGGCCGCGUUGUUACAGUCCCGUUGUGUCACCGGUUUUGAGGAGAGCACGUCCCUCACAACCACCUAAACAAAAUAGAAAUUCAUUCAAACCCCGAGUUUUUACUGAUCAUAUUCGUGAACAGCCUCUCAGAACUUUUUAUUCCGAUCCACGUCUAGCUGUCGAUCAACAGAACUCUAAUGAAACGCACAGAGAUAGUAGACCUAUAUCUUUGUAUGCUAGUAAAAUUAAUGAAUAAAUAAAUUGUAUCAAACGCCAAUGAAACGUUAGUGUUAGAUUUUCAAAGUAUCUUUGACUUGCCAAACGGAAUAAUAUUUUUUUAGAACAACUACUGGAAUAGAGGAUUCUUUUAUGUAAACGUACACUCAGAUAUAUUCAUAAUAUCAUUCCCUCUUAUUUAUUUCUUUUUUAUUAUUCAUUUGCUCGAUCUUCACAACGAGGAUGUCAUCCGAAUUAAACCCCAGUGCGCGAUAAGUAUUGUCAAUGAUUUUUGGUGGUUCGUGUUAUUUUCGAUUUCUUGUGGAAAUUUUAAUAAUCCGGUUUGUUUUAGUCAUGACAGUUGAUUUUUUUUUCUUGAAUUCAUAAAAUCAUCUUUUUCCUUUUAAUACAAAUUAAAAAAAAAAGAUUAAACGAUCUACAAUUUUCUGUUGAAUUCUUUCAUACGUUCAAUUCAAGGAAAAGAAAAUAGUCUGUAUUAAUCCAGUGAAUCUAUUUUAUAACUUCAAGAUUUCAAUUUAUUCUCCUCGUUAUUUUGAUUUAUGGUAGAAUGCUUGUUUUUUAUGUGUGUGGUGUUUAUUAAAAAAAAGUAAAACUACUGUUUUUUUUAAACAAUAGACUUAUUGUAUGUACUGUGAUAUGUAAUGAACGGUGCUGAAUGGUGUUUAAUAUUUAAUUUUUAUAAUCAAUUGUUGAAGUUUGCACGUUUCGAACGGAGGAAUUCCGAUAAAAAUUAUAAUUUUAUAUUUUUGAGUUUUCAAGCAUGGAUUUUAUUGGAGUGGUAUCCGGAUGUUUGCUGCCUUUUUUUUCGCACUGAUUAUUAAUUAUGUUUUAAUUAUACUCCUCUGUUUAAACUGUAAAACUCGAACAGAGUCUUUCAGUGGAAUUCCACUCUAAAAAAAAAACUAUUUAAUAAGUUUUUAUUAUUUACAUCACAAAUUUCAGUCACACAAUGUGAAACUCAUAUUUUUCAGAUGACAUUUAUAUUUAAGACUUUUCCCUUUGCAUUUACGUAGAUUCUAUCGAUUUAUCACUAGAUUAAAAAAAGUCUACAUAAUAUAAAGAUUAUUGUCCGAUACUUUCAUUUUUUUUUGUGUAAUAACUACACGAAAUUUUUUAUUCAUUCCAAUUUGCAAUAAUAAAUACUGCAAUUGCGAAACACUACUGCUUGGCUUUGUUUUUAUUAUUUUCCUUAACCUCUCACUCAUUUACUACAAUUCCUAUUUUUCCUCUAAUACGGUGUAUCAUCUGGGGUUCUAAUAAAAUCAUUGAUCAUUCGUGAAUGAUAGAUCAUUCACAGUAAAAAAUCAAUACGUUGUUGACUAAAGAUUAAAUAAAUUUAACGCAUGAGAUUAUGAAAGAGGAUGAAUUAAUAGGAUA